AUGGCUGGACAGUUCACUUGGACUUCGCCCUCCGCAGGCCCAUCAGUUGAUCUGGAAGAUGAGUUGGUCCUUGCGGAUGAUUUGCAUCAACCCAUGGCCAAUCUUAGGACAUCAGCUGUAAGCCCACAUGAGGCUUCCUCCUCGCCCGGGCCUUCAUUAUCUGGCCCACAGGACCGCACUGAAGAAACCAGUCGCCCUUUGAAUGGGCCGAGGCCACAGGCCAAGCCCGAUCACUCCCAAACGGCCCAGCUCGAUCGCUCCCCCUGUUUGACCGACAAGUCCACCUCUUGCGAUCGGACCGAGCCCAGUCCACAGCCCGCAUCUGCCUCGCCUACUGCACCUAGAGAUCCAGCAGCAGUUAAUCCACUUCCACGUGGUUUCUACCCCCGAAUCACCUCGUCGUAG